UGUAGGGUUUAAAAACUUGGUUGUUUACUCCGUCACUCUCUCUUUCUGAAAUUGCAACCAAGAGGAACAAGCGAUAGCGUUUCGUCUAUCCUCGUUCAGACAAGCCGACAAGCGUUGUCGGCAUCUCUUUAAACUUUUUGAUUCGCCGUUCGGGUUACACAUUCGUGUUGUUAGUUCAGUUCCUGAAUCUUCUGCCCCUAAAAAGAAGAGUCUGAGAUCAGAAAUGGAGACAGAUCUAAAUGAUUAUACCGUUAUCAAGGAAGGAGAAGCUGAGAUUCUAAUGCACAAGAAGAACCAAGUCUUCUUCAACAAAGCUCAGGUGAAUAACAGGGACAUGUCAAUUGCUGUCCUAAGGGCAUUUAUAUCCAAACGCAAGCAAGAGCAUGAGGCGAUGUUAUCUAAAAGAGCUAGAUCGUCUGGUAAAGUGGUUGAAAAGGACGUCUCUGAAGUUUCAAAGGAAGGAGAUGCUACUGAGAACGGUAACCAUAAUGGUAAAACCAACGGAGAAGGAGAAGAUGGAGUAGCUUCUCAUGAUGGACCAAAGGAAGCUUCCAAGACCACAACAUAUGAACCGGUCCGAAGGGAACUCAAGCCACCAAGAGUCCUUGAGGCUCUGUCAGCUUCCGGUUUAAGGGCUUUGAGAUAUGCUCGUGAAGUUGAAGGAAUUGGUCAAGUUGUGGCUUUAGAUAAUGACCCAGCAUCGGUUGAAGCUUGCCAGAGAAACAUAAAGUUCAAUGGCUUGAUGUCUACUUCAAAGGUGGAGUCACAUCUUACUGAUGCUCGUGUCCAUAUGCUCACCAACCCUAAGGAAUUUGAUGUGGUUGAUCUUGAUCCAUAUGGUGCGCCGUCUAUCUUCCUUGAUUCAGCUGUUCAAUCAGUUGCCGACGGUGGGCUGCUGAUGUGUACAGCUACUGACAUGGCAGUGUUAUGUGGUGCUAAUGGCGAGGUUUGCUAUUCCAAAUAUGGUUCCUAUCCACUUAAAGGGAAGUAUUGUCAUGAGAUGGCUUUGAGGAUCCUCCUCGCCAGCAUUGAGAGCCAUGCAAACCGCUACAAACGGUAUAUCGUUCCUGUUCUAUCAGUCCAAAUUGAUUUCUACGUCCGUGUUUUCGUCCGUGUCUACACUUCGGCGAGUGAAAUGAAGAACACUCCACUAAAGCUCUCCUACGUCUAUCAGUGCAUUGGUUGUGAUUCUUUUCAUCUUCAAUCUGUUGGAAGAUCUCUUCCUAAGCAUAACAGUGUGAGGUAUCAAGCAGGAGUUGGACCAGUUGUUCCUCAGGACUGCACUCACUGUGGGAAAAAAUACAACAUGGGUGGACCGAUAUGGUCAGCUCCGAUUCACGAUCAAGAAUGGGUGGCUUCGAUACUGAACGGUGUCAAGUCCAUGAAAGAUAGAUAUCCAGCUUACGACAAGAUAUGCUCUAUGCUGACCACGAUCUCAGAGGAACUGCCGGAUGUUCCGCUCUUUCUGAGCCUUCACAGUCUCGCCGCGACGCUGAAAUGCACUUCGCCUUCGGCUGCUAUGUUUAGAUCGGCUGUUGUCAAUGCGAAGUACCGUGUCUCCGGGUCGCAUGUGAACCCUCUCGGGAUUAAAACCGAUGCUCCCAUGGAGAUCAUCUGGGACAUCAUGCGUUGCUGGGUGAAAAAUCAUCCUGUGAAGGCUCAGUCACCUGACCAUCCAGGAAGUGUGAUUCUGUCUAAAGAACCAUCUCAUCAGGCUGACUUUUCGCGGCACGUUGGUUCACUAAGCAAAGCGCAGGUGAAGAAAGUAGCGAGGUUUCUGCCGAACCCGGAGAAGCACUGGGGACCAAAGGUGAGGGCUGGUCGUCAGAUCACGAGCAAACACGUCUCGCUUAUUGGUCACGAUGCAGUGAACGGUCAUCUCAAUGGCCACCAUAAGGAAGAAGGAGCUGAAGAAGAAGAAGAAGAAGAAGAAGAGCCAGACAUGAAAAGACGGAAGAUAACAGAGGAUAGUAUUGCCUCAACAACAUCAUAGAAGGUUAAUGUCUACACAAGAAAUUCAGAUUUUGAAACUCUGCAAAAGAUUUUGCCGUUUUAAUUAAUAUUUAAACAUUUGUCAUCAUGUUCUGCGUUUUUUGAUCCAAAGCGGCACACACAUAUUGAACUUUCAAAUUCGACUUUUCAA